AGCCGAGGUGGGUGACGGAUGUCAUCAGCAUGCCCCAGUACAACAAGCUGAUCAUAGGGACUGGAAACCGUGAAAUCCAGCUGUAUGAACUCUCCAACCUGGAGCCUUACUGUCAGAUUGGCGGCCUGGAGACUGUCCCUCUGAGACUGGACUACUGUUACGAUGAUCCUGACAAGUGCCUGAUUCUCUACGGCGACGAUCAGGGACGUGUGAACAUUCUGUCAUUGGCUUCCGUAGGUGAACUAUUAAGAACUUGGAAGAAACUGCCCAAAAUUGACAACAUGCCAAACAUUAGCAUUAAAAAUGCUGUGGCCUCUCCAAACGUGAACUAUAUCUGCUGGAGUGUGCACGGAGACUGGGUUACUCAGUUGAACUACUACGAUUCUAUGAAAGCCGUCAUUUCAAGCUCCAACCACGAGCCUACUGCUCUAGUAAUAGGUUGUACUAUGAGAACAACAAAUGUCAAGCAAAAGAUGAAAAAGACAAGGGAUGUUAGGACAGAUGUUGAGGCAAGAAGACACCAAGCGUUCCCUGGUUUGCCCCAAAGGCGAGCAGAAUGUGAUCAAACCGUUUUUCGCAUCUACAAAGGUGUCAAGGUGUUUUCAUUCUGUAAAAGGAAGAACUUGCUGCUGACAGGUGGAUUGGAUCGAAUCAUUCGAGUCUGGAAUCCUUAUCUGCCUGGAAAACCGACAGGUAUGCUGAAAAGCCACACAGCUCCAGUGAUCUACAUCCACGCGUCUGCUGAGGAUAACAAAGUAUUUUCCAUGUCCGCUGACAACGCUAUUAAGAUCUGGGAUCUGGAGACGGACAGCUGCUUAUUUACUGCCUCGUCCAAAGCCAGCGGAAUUAAGGGGGGGUUCGCAGCCUGCCUCUAUCUCCCCCGCCCCAGAGCCCUGUGCGUGGCCACCGACACCGUCACCCUCCUGCACCUGCGACUAAGGUCAGCCCCGGAGCCUGCCCUGGCGGUUUCCCACCAAGAGCCCGUGGUGUGCUGCCGCUACAACCCGGCCUUCAGGCAAGUGGUCAGCUGCUCGGAAGCAUCUGAGGUAAAAGUGUGGGACUUUGAAGCAGGAAGGCUGUUGUCUGGAUUUACUGGGGCUCAUGGUGAUGCUGGAAUCACGUGUCUGACCUUUGACUCCAGUGGAAGAAGGCUAAUCACCGGCGGCAGAGAUGGCUGUCUGAAAAUAUGGAGCUACAACAAUGGACAUUGUCUGCACACACUGAAACACGAUGAAAAGCAAAGUGAAGUCUGUGAUUGUACCUACUUGGAGGUGAACCAAAACAAGUGCAUCAUAGCUGUUGGAUGGGACAGAAGAAUAAAUGUGUAUUUUGAUGCACCAUGUGACUUUCAUCACUUCUGGAAGCCACAGCCACACUGGCGGGAUGACCUGAACCAUGGGCACAAGGAGGACAUCCUCUGUGUGGUUCAAUGUCCACCUUUUCUUCUUGCGACUUCCAGUUAUGAUGGGGAGGUCAUUGUUUGGAACGUCGUCUCAGGCCACAUUUACUGCAAGCUCAACACUCCCAGCCCCUCUGAUGGUGCAGAAGAAGAAAAAGGCCCAGAGCAGAGUGUUUCCUGCCUCGCCUUCCUGAAGACUCGGGCUGCCAAGUUUGAAUCGGUGGCUGCUUCCCUAAUCGCCAAUGGGCCCCAAGGCUCUGUCACCUUCUGGAAGCUGUUUGGGGGGGCCCGUCCCAUUGCAAACUUCACUCCCUCCAGAGACAACGCACUGGUCAGCAGCAUAGCAGUGACAGCAGGAGAUGCCCUCGCAUACGUGGCUGACCAGGAAGGCUUUGUGCACAUCUAUGACAUCAAAGAGUAUGGCCUGCAGGGACCUGAGCUGCUGCCCCCGAAGAAGGUGACCUUCUGGAGGGCCCAUGUCAGUGUUGUGACAUCUUUGGAGCUGAUAGAAGAACAGUUUCUGCUGUCAUCCUCCCUUGACUGCACCGUGCGCCUAUGGAGCAGAGACGGGGAGUACAUAGGAACCUUUGGGCAGGACAGCCCCUGGGAUAUUUUCACUCCUGCCUCCUGGGGCCACCCUCGAGUGCCCUGUGAAGUUUUGACCGAUCCCCUGAGCAUGCCUGCUCAUCCAGUGUUGGACGGGGAUAUUGCUGCUCUGCGCACGGGAAAGGAGGCGCGAGACAACACAGUGGAGGAAAAGGCUGAGCCUGAAAAUACCCCUAACCCUUGCUCUCCAGAAGACUCCAUCCUUGAAGUCGAAAUGAAAGAAGACACAACUCGACGGCUGCCGCUGGGGCGGAAGGUGCCUUCCCGGAGAACCCUAGGGUGGCCCAGCCUCUACCAGAGCCUCCGGUGCCACCAGGUCACCUGCGUGUCAGCUGUCGGAGAGAAGCCAGACUUGUCUAUCAUCGGCUCGGAUUUGUUUAAUUUAAAUUUUCCUGCGCAGGAAGAAGAAGGAAGCGAAGCUGCCCAGAAGGAGCCCUGAUCACAUGGCAGUUUCCAUGUCUGGGCCCUGAAGAGACUGGGGUGCUAUUUUCUUGGCAAAUUCUUCUUCCCCAGUGAGUCCAGACGACUGAGGGAGAGGAAGCUUUGCCUGACGGGGGCAAAGAAGAACAAAACAAGAAAUGCUGUCUGUCCACCAGUGUGGGCUUCCUCCCCAAACCCCGUUAGAGUUGAAUUAAAGCGAAUGAGUCAGA